AUGCAAACAUCUCUUUCAAUUCAAACGAAUACAUCUAAUAUUCCGAUGCUUGAGAACCAUAUAAUAUCAUCAUCGUCUUCACUCUCGCAGAUCCCAAAAAGUUGCACAGUGUCACCAAAAUUAUCAUACUCUCACAAUGAGUUAAAUAUUAAAAAAUCAUGGACUGCCCCAACCAGUCCAAUUCGCACGUAUAGAUGCAACAUCCAAAAUAAUAACCAGUAUCUAAAUAAACAUUUAAUGACUCCACAAUCUUCCCCUACAUUUCUAGAAAAUUCAUCUUUACAGCUACCUGAACUUCAAUUAUCACAAUCCAACGUUUCAAACCCUGGAAUCACGAAACAAAAUGUAACUUUGCCUUCUUUGAGACACUUGCAAUUACUACCUGAUCCAAGAAUACAAGAAAAUUCUUAUAUCUACCCAGAUACGUCAGAGAGAACUCCAAUGUGGAGAAAUACUCUUUUAAAUUGGUGCAAAACUGAGAAAUAUCAUGAUUAUCUAUCUAUUAAAGAACAAAAUAUCAAAACUAGAAAUUAUUAUACUGCAAAUAUCCCAAAAAUGAGGACCACAACCACAAAUACAAUAACUACAUCUAAUACUAGUACCAAUGCAAACAUGACUACAGAUACUGGUUUAUCGAAAGUCUUCAGCACUUCUAAUGUCCCAUCAAUUCUGCAAAGCAAAGACCCAUUUUAUGGUCUUUCUAACAAACCAUGGGAGUUUCAAAGCCCUUUAACACCACCAAUGUCUCCCGGAAGAACCUCCCAACCAACAUUUGAUAAAAAACACAAUACUACUAACCAAAAGGAUAAUCUAAGUAAUGGUACAAAUAACCAUGAUAUAUUUAAUCCUAUUAUAAGUGAAAAGUUGAUUCAGUGUAUCAAAAAGCAACAAAUAAUUAAUUCUAAUCGAAUCAGCAAAUCGACAUCCUCUGUUAAUACUCAUAAAAAAACAAACAGUUUUAAGGCAUUACAGAUAAAAAAAAUGUUAAUGGAUAGAGACGUAUUAUCUAUCAAUUCAAAAAAAAAUUCAACAACCAUUGACAAUAACAAUAAUAAUAACAACCAAUCUAAAAGUUCUUCCAAAAGUAUUGUUAUUACUAAUUUUAUCACAUCAUCCACCACUACUGCCACAACAAAUGAAAAAAUCAAAAACAACGAUCAUAAGAAUGAUAGUAAUGUAUUUAUGCCUGCAAAUGAAGGCACGACGAUUACUGCUACUACCACAUUACUAUCUUCUCCAACCUUAAGUCCAAAUGUAUCAAGAUCUGAUUCUCCCAUCAGAAGAAAAAAAAACAAAGAUAACAAGACACCUAACAAUAAUACUUCAAGAUCACGUUCUAGAUCACAUUCACCAGUACGUAUUGUUAACUUUUCUAAUACAACAACUACACCACCCCCACCUCCUUCUUCUUUACAAUAUAAUCAUAAUAAUAAUAACCAUAAUUGUCAGAAAACUAAUUAUUCAUUACCACGUUAUCAUACUUUUUCCUUAAGUGGAUCAUCUAGUCCUAUUUACUUAACACAACCCACCAAUCAUAUUGAAGAUAACAAUUAUUGUAAGACUAUUCACAACAAUCAUAAUACUAAUAGUUAUGGUAACAAUAUCAUGUUGUACUCAACCAAUUCAAACAAAAAAAUAUCUUCCAAAGCAUUACCGAGAUCGUUUUCAGCACCCAAUUCCACAAACACUUCUCCAUUAAGAGGCAAAGAAAGACGGAGUUCUCACACUACUACGAGGAAAUGUGUUUCGUGUAAUUCCCAGGAUUCUCCUUGCUGGAGACCAAGUUGGUCAAAGAAGAGACAACAUCAAUUAUGUAAUUCUUGCGGGUUAAGAUAUAAGAAGACAAAAACGCGUUGUUUAAAUAUGAAGUGUAAGAAAAUCCCUACAAAAGGUGAAUUAAAUAUAAUGAAAUCACAAGGUAAAACAACAGGUACCGUAGCUAAUAAUCCCGACAUAAUUGGUCCAGUGGUUGGGUAUCGUUGUUUGUUCUGUAAUUCAAUCACAGAAACUUUGGAUUAA